AUGGUCAAGUGUGUCGUUUCCGGCUGUCCGAACCGCCUGCUCAACGGCAACCGAGGCGUCUUGAGUCGAGCUCCGAAGAGGUUCUUCCCGUUCCCCAAAGACCCGGCCCGGGUCAAGGUAUGGCUGGCGGCGUUGCGAGAGACGGACAAAAAAUGGGAAGUGGCGGAGCAGCGCUUUAUCUGCGAGGAGCACUUCCUCCCGGAAGACGUCACCGCGGACGGCGUCAAUGGCGACGCCAUCCCCAUCAUGCCGCCCUACCUGGACGGACCCCUGGGCGAGACGGGCGCCUGGGGGGCCGAGUCCGAAGAGGAGGAGGACGACCAGUGGGGCGGCGGCGGCGGCAGCGGUAUGGAGGAGGAGGAGGAAGAGGCGGAUGAAGAUGAAAGCGGAGCUUCUCUGCAGCAGGUGAAGCCCUCAAGCGAGCACCUUCAACCCAAAGAGGAUCCCCCGACACCGAAAACGUGCAGGAACGACGUGCUCCUGGCACCGCUAACGCGCCGCCUCCUGGAGCUCAUGCUGGCGUCUCCGGAGAGCUGGCUGGACCUCCACCAGGCGGCCGGCCGGCUGCAGACCCGCAAACGUCACGUCUACGAUAUCAUCGGCGUGCUGGAGAGCAUCAGCGUGGUCCAGAGGAGGUCCAGGAGCGUCAAGUGGACUGGUCGGUGUCCCGUCUCCCGCUUCCUGUGGAAGACCGAGGAGAAGUUCAAGGAGGAGCUGGAGAACCUCAAGCUGGAGGAGAACACGCUGGACGGCCUCAUCAAAAAGUGCGCUCAGCAACUUUUUGACAUGACGGACAACGAAGAGAACGCGACGGCGGCCUACGUCACGCACGAGGACGUGGGACGGCUCCCCGCCUUCCAGGAGCAGACGGUGAUCGUGGUCAAAGCGCCGGAGGAAACCAAGCUGGAGGUCCCGGCGCCCACACAGGACAACAUCAAGAUGCACCUGAGGGGCGGCAAGGGUCCCAUCGCGGUCAUGACGUGUGACUUGGGCACGGGCGGCGUUCCCGUCAAGGAGGAGAUGAGCGGCUGCUUCAUGACGCUGGACCAAAGUCGCAUACAGACGCAGACCUUGCUCAAGACCGCCCACUAG